ACUGGGCACGGGCCUCCUGACCAAAAAGGGGAAUUGACCAGUGUGUUCGCUUUGGGAAGGAGCCAUCCACAAACAGCAAAAUUAGGGCACAAGCGGGACGUUCUUUCUCGCCCAGUGAUAAUGGAAUUGGCAGAGGUGUACAGGGUACAAUAUCAAGGCCGUGAUGAUAUCUUGCGAGGUAUAAUUGUGUGCAAGGAUAGUGAAACUGGUUACCAAUGCUUAUUCAAGGAUCAAGGCCUAGAAGAUGAAGUCAUCAACAACACACUGCUCAUGUUAAAUAAUGACGACAAUAACCCAGACUGUGCGCAUCUUUGCCUCCAACAAAGGACUGCUAGGACAAGCGCGAUUGAACGUCCUGCUUAUUCAAGUAUCAUCUUCAAUGAAGAGUGUGGAAUUUUCAUAGAGUUGGGGAGCGGCGGUGACAUAGUAAUUCCUUUGCUGAGAGAUAUUGUAGCUGUGCCAUUGGGACAUCAGCUAAUUCUAGAAAUCAACCUGAGUGGAAAAGAUAAUGAUGGCAAAAAAGAUUCUGAUAAGAUGGUUGAAGACUAUCUAGUUUUCGAUGCUAUUGAUGAUGGGAAAAGUACCAAAUCUAUUAGCGGCAGCAAAGGUGAGCUCAGAGUGGAAGUCAGUUGGAGAUCUAGGGAGAAAUCCCAUUGAAGCUGAAGCGCAAGUAUGGGGAUGUACUAUAUUUAUUAGCCAAUGUUUGUUAUAUCAGCCUUGUCUGACUGGGCAUAAAUGCUUUUGAGUUGGGCUAUUUAAUUUGAAGUACAUUUAGAAGAUACAAUUGUAUUCUGUGCAAUCUAUUUCACUUGAAAUGUAGUAAAUUUUUACAUCAA